AUGUUUAUUAGAGAUUUCGCUAUUCCAGGCCCCAAAGAAGGCCCCGAACCAGGAUCGCGAUGGACGUUCGUGUUCGACGGUUCUUCCAAUGCUCGUGGUCAUGGAAUAGGCGCAAUUAUUACUUCUCCAACUCACUUCCACCUUCCACUUACCGCUAGAUUAUGCUUUGAUUGCACCAACAAUAUGGCAAAAUAUGAGGCAUGUAUCUACGGUAUGAAGGCAACCAUUAACUUAAGGAUCAAGAUUCUCGAGGUAUAUGGAGAUCUAACUCUGGUAAUUAGUCAGGUAAAAGGUGAUUCAGAAACUCGGGAUAGCAAAUUGAUUCCUUAUAAAGAGCAUAUCAGAAAACUGAUACCCUACUUUGAUGAAAUCUUUUUUCAUCAUAUUCUUAGGGAAGAGAAUCAGUUAGCAGACACUCUAGCUAUGUUGACAUCUAUGUUUAAAGUCAAAUGGAAGAAUGAAGCACCAACUGUCCAUAUUGAUCACUUAGAUAAGCCAACACGUUGUCUAGUAAUCGAAGCAGAUCCUGAUGAUAAACCUUAG